UCCGGGAACGCUGGGCUCCCUUCGCCCGCUCCCUCCUCCUUCUCCUCUACUUCCUCCCGCUCUCGCGGGGCUGGAUGGGCUUCGCGGACGCUGUCCAGCGGAGCAGGCGGGCUCCCACGGGCCCCAGUGAUUCGCUUCUUCUCGGAGCCGACAGGCUACAACUCCGGGGCGGGAGAAGCGCUGGACGCCGCUGAGGGGCCCCGGCCCUCUCUCUCCGGCGGCGGUGGCGGCGGUGGCGGCAGUGGCGGCGGCGGCUUCUCCCCCGGUGCAAUAUGUUCAAGAGAAUGGCCGAAUUUGGGCCUGACUCCGGCGGGAGAGUGAAGGGGGUUACUAUUGUUAAACCUAUAGUUUAUGGUAAUGUUGCUCGUUAUUUUGGAAAGAAGAGAGAAGAAGAUGGUCAUACUCAUCAGUGGACAGUCUAUGUAAAGCCAUAUAGGAAUGAGGAUAUGUCAGCAUAUGUGAAGAAAAUCCAGUUUAAAUUACAUGAAAGUUAUGGUAAUCCUUUAAGAGUUGUUACUAAGCCACCAUAUGAGAUUACAGAAACAGGUUGGGGUGAAUUUGAAAUAAUCAUAAAAAUAUUUUUCAUUGACCCUAAUGAAAGACCUGUAACACUUUAUCACUUAUUAAAGCUAUUUCAGUCAGACACCAAUGCAAUGCUGGGGAAAAAGACAGUGGUUUCUGAGUUCUAUGAUGAAAUGAUAUUUCAAGAUCCAACAGCAAUGAUGCAACAAUUGUUAACAACAUCUCGCCAGUUAACCUUAGGAGCCUAUAAGCAUGAAACAGAAUUUGCUGAACUUGAAGUGAAGACCAGGGAAAAAUUAGAAGCUGCCAAGAAAAAAACAAGCUUCGAAAUUGCUGAACUUAAAGAAAGAUUAAAAGCAAGUCGUGAAACUAUCAAUUGUUUAAAAAAUGAAAUCAGGAAGCUCGAAGAAGAUGAUCAGAGCAAAGAGAUAUAAAAAAAUCUCACAAGGACUUAGUAGGGAAGCAACCAAAAAUAAAGUGGAUUUUGUGAAACGGAA